CCAACAAAUCGGCCAGCAAUUCGGGACAGAAAUCGCUCUAUUCGCUGCUGGAUAAAUAUCUGUAUACGAUCAACGUUUUGCCGCUUUCCCGCAACGAGCUGUGCAAGGUGGCUGUUGCUGGAGGAUCUGGGUGCCGCCACCCAAGACACCUACACAAUUCUGAACAGUUUGCUGGAGAGGCAGUGCCUGAGCGUUCCCGGCUUUCGCGACUCUGUGAAGAUUGAGCCAGGCUUUCAAUUGUUUGUCACAGUGCGGACCAACAAAUCGGCCAGCAAUUCGGGACAGAAAUCGCUCUAUUCGCUGCUGGAUAAAUAUCUGUAUACGAUCAACGUUUUGCCGCUUUCCCGCAACGAGCUGUGCAAGGUGGUCAGCACCAACUAUCCCAAGCUGGCGACCGUCGCCAAUCGAGUGGUGGACGUGUUCCUUACCUUCUCCAGUGGCAAUCACAUGGCCGCCGACAAUCUGCGUCAGCAGGAUUCGAACGACAAGGCGGACAACACGGAGAAGUACGUGGCGCUGCCCUUUAAGCAGGUCACACUCUCAUCCAGUCCGAACUCGGGCCGCCUGGUCUCGACCCGGGAUCUGGUCAAGCUGUGUCAGCGUUCGAAUGCACAGUUCUCGGUGACCAGCGCCGAGUGUGCCUACUUUAUGUUCCAGAAUGCCGUCGAUGUAUUCUGUUCGUAUCUGCCGCAUAGUAGGGAGAAGAUCACGCUGAUCACGAGCGUCGGCGCCAAGUUGGGCAUCAUUCGCUCCAGAUGCGAGCAUUUCGCUAAUGAAUACAAACCUGAUGUGGAUUUUGGACUGGAGAUUAUCAAGAUCGGACGUGCCAGUCUCCUGGCCAAGUCCGAGCUGCUGUCCAAUAAUGAGAAUGGGGAGCAGCUCUCAGAGCAAGACCUGAAGCGACAGAAACUAACCGAGCAGACCAGGAGGGCCAUCGGGCAGACCAGCGUCAAGCGUGCCACCUUCUCGUUUACACGUCUCGCCCGCUGCAUCUUGGAACGGAUUGCCGUCUGUGUGAGCCAUUCGGAGCCCGUGCAGCUGGUGGGGGAGAAGGGUGUGGCAAGACCUCCGUGCAGUAUCUGGCCGAGCGCACCGAACACAAGCUGGUCGUCGUGAACAUGAACAACCAGUCGGAUGUCUCGGAUCUCGUGGGCGGAUUCAAGCCCGUCGAACUCAACUACGUGCACUUGCUCUGCGAGACCUUCAAUGCCGAGAUGAA